AACUUCCAAUUAAAUAUUAAAAAAAAAAAAUAUUGGAGCUGACAGAGAAUGGUAAAGCAUUGGGCGUUGCAACUACUCCCCUCUUUGUCUUUGGCUCCGCAUAUCACUGGUUUCGUCGCUCGUUCAUUUACACCGCUCCGACGUAUCUCCACCCCCAAGAUGGCUAUGGACAGCUACAAGUUUGGGCCAUAUAAGAUAGACGACAAGGAAGUGUUCUUCAAGUCCCACCUAUCCUAUGCCAUGGUCAACCUCCGUCCUGUUCUUCCUGGUCACGUGCUUGUCUGUCCGAGGCGUGAAGUGAAACGGUUUGUUGAUCUCACUGCUGAUGAGACUACAGAUCUAUGGAUCACAGCACAAAGGGUUGGUGGCCAGCUUGAGAGCUACCAUAAAGCAUCAUCUCUCACAUUCACAAUACAAGAUGGACCCCAGGCAGGACAAACUGUACCUCAUGUUCACAUUCAUAUUAUACCAAGGAAAGUUGGAGAUUUUGAGAAUAAUGAUGACAUAUACGAUGCAAUUGACAAAAAUGAUAAGGAACUAAAAGAAAAGCUGGACCUGGAUAAGGAAAGGAAGGACAGAAGCUUUGAGGAGAUGGCUCAAGAAGCAGAAGAAUAUAGAAAGCUAUUUUUGUAGACAAUGCAUAUGCAUAUGAUACCAGUUGUUUCCUUUGACUUGUAAGUCAAAACUUAUUUGAUAAGUGAUUCUACAUACAUACAUUUUUCUGCUGUGUACUGUUAACUAAAUUGAAAGUGACAAAAAGUUGGGAGUCAGAUUACUAACAUUAUGUGUUAAUUAAACGUCACUUACUUUUUUCACUUGAA